AUGGCGACGGAGGAGACUCAGCCAGAUCCCUUGCAGGGGCCGGGAGAUCCUUGGAUGACCAAGGAAGCGAUGCAAGAUGGUGCAGAAAAGGCAACAGCGUUGCCACCGAAGAGAGGAGGUGUGGAUAUGCAUCCAUACAACGGGGUAGAAGGAACACCUGGGAAGGGAAGUCCAGCGGGCUUACAAGAAUCCAUGAGUUCAAAUGGGAUUCCCCCAGGGUUCAAGAAAGAGGAUCUUCAUAGCUCAUACAAUAGCAUUCCCACGUCUUUCAUGCCACCUUUUGGAAUGCCAACACACCCUUUUCCCGUUUUCAGUGCCUCCAUUCCUCAAACGGGUUUUGGCACAUUUGCGGGACCAAUGGCUCCCAGUCUGAGUCAGUCAGAUUCAGAAGAGCUGCGGUGGUGGAGGAGUCUUGCCUGGCUCAAAGGCGUAGGCAAAGGACAAGCACCAAAGACUGAGGAACCGUGGUCAGAGGUUCCAACAGAUAGGGUGAAGAAAGAAGAGGAGACACAAGGCACGUCUGGAGGUGGUCGAAGGAAUGCAGGUGGAGAUAGGAGAAGAAGACAGAGUAGAGACUCAGGAGAGAAUGACAAGAGGCAAGAUGAGACCCCCAGACAGAAGGAGAGAAAAGAAGAUCCCCAAGGACCACCAGAGGGUCCCCCAGAAGAGCCCAAUGAGUCAGAUGACCCGGAAGAGAGCUCCGGUUUCAGUUCAUCAGCCCCCACAACUGAGUUGAGAAGCAUGCUGAGGAGACAGGCGAAGGUCACUCAAGACCGUCCAAGAUCCUCGCUAGGAUCAGUCAAGAUUGAGGAGUUCUAUGGCGAUCGACACAAGUACCUCAAGUGGAAGAAGGCGGUACAAGCGCAAGAGGUUUUGUACCGCCUGGAACCAGAAGAACUCAGCAUGCUGAUCUAUCUCAGCACAAAGAAGGAUGCCAGAGAUGUCUUGGAUCAAAAGCCCAUCCAAGAAUAUACUCGCCCUGGAGGAGUGAGACUCAUCUGGCAUUUGCUGGAUGAGGCGUUUGGCGAAUCAGAGGAGGAGUUGUUUGAACGAGCAGAGCAAGAGUUUGCAACAUACCGGAGGCUUCCUGGCCAGAGCAUUUCCACCUUUCUGGGCCAGCUGAAGAGGCUGAAGGCUCAGUACAUGAGGGUGGACCCAGAGAGCACAAUGUCAGACAGAGCAUGGUCUCAAAGGAUGCUCAACCGAGCAUCCUUGUCACGCCGAGAGAGGCUUGACGUCUUUUUCUCAGCUGGAGGGCGCUACACGUCACAAUCAAUUGAGACUGCACUACGACAUCGAUGCGGCCGAAUCCAUGAGGAAGAGAGAAAGCUUCCCAGCUAUGGCUUUUCCAGAACUCCAGGAGCUAAGCCAUACUACAAGAGGUCACAACAGCACAGCAGGGGCGCGACAAAGAACAAGAGGCCAGAGAAGAAGACCUUCUAUGAGGACAAAGACGCAGAAGAAGAAGAGGAGGCAGAGGAAGAUUUGGAGGCAGAAGAGGAUCCCUAUCGGGAGUACAUAAAUGACACAGGCAACACGCAAGAGGUCCUGAUGGAGAUCCGUGAAGAAGACGUAGAUGAAGACGAGGAAGAUGAAGAGAGCUUUCAGGAUGAUGAUUUGAAGGAAGCAUGGGCAGCAGGAUGGAGGGCUAAAAGCCAACAGAAUGAGAAGAAGAAAUACCGAGGAUGGAAGACAACAAACAGAAGCUCCACAGGAGGCACUGGGAAUUCCAUCUCACCAGACAAGAAGAAGAUCAACUCCACCUGCUCGUCAUGCGGAGAGAGAGGGCAUUGGAGAGGAGAUCCCCAAUGUAAGAACGUCCAAACAGGCAAAGACAAGCCUCAUAAGAAGAAAGAAGGUUCGGGCUCAGGUGACGGAGGAGGGGCAGUGCACUUCACGUAUGUGGUGACAACGACAAAGAAGGUGAAGACUGAGGUAGAAGAGGAGAAGACCACCACACAAGAGGAGCCAGGAAGAUGCACUAACCCAGAUUGCCGAGGCAGGUUGAGGACACAAGACAGGUUUUGCCCAGCCUGUGGCAUGAGAGUCGCAGGAGACCUGAGCAUGAGAGAGAAGAGAGGUUGGGAGGUCAUCAAGGAAGACGAAGAGGCAGAUCAGGGUAGCUCAGCAGGUAUUCUGGAGGUUCUGUCAUCAGGAGAUGAGGAACAGCCUCCAGAGUUCAGGUAUGAGAUCAGCAGAAGCCAGCUGAAAGAGAUGCUGGGCACCACACCGAAACCAGAAGACGGAAGGUCUAAGGUGAAACUGAAGCCUGAAGAAGUCUUGGCGGCUCUACCCAACAUGUCACGCUCCGAGAAGAAGGAGCUCAGAAGACAACUACAAGAAGGUGAAGAGGAUCGGGCAUGGAGGACCUAUAGCCGGUAUCGAGAGGUUGACGGCAUAGGCGUGGAUGAAAGAGGAAGACCUUCAGGAGCAUCAGGAAGUGGCUAUCAGCCUGACGAGCAAGCACCGAUAAGGCCGAAGGCAAGAUCUAAAAAGGAAGAGUUGCCGAAGGCGGUGAAGACAAGACAGUUGGACAAGUUCCGGAGGGGACUGUAUGAAGACCAGCUCCAGGGGGACCGCCUCGUUCCAUCCACAUGUGCACCAACACCCACAACAGCACAAGCCAGGUGUCACCACCCCUUUGAGUCCAUCCGUUGGAGUGCCAAUGCGGAUGGCCACUAUGGCAGGUGCAAGGCAUGCGACCUACGGCAUGUCAUCUACUUCAGUGAGCGACAUGGCGCACUGGUAGCAACUACAGCACAACAACCAGCAGUGACUCUGAGCAAAGAGCACGAAGCUACAGCACAACAACCAGCAGUGACUCUGAGCAAAGAGCACAAAGCUACAGCACAACAACCAGCAGUGACUCUGAGCAAAGAGCACGAAGCAUCAGCACAACAACCAGCAGUGACUCUGAGCACAGAGCACGAAGCAUUUAUCACCGGAAACUCUGGUGAGGCCAUAGCAGACAGCGGCUGCAGGUGUGCAGUUGCUGGGCAAGCCUGGCACACAGCAAUGCAAGAGGAGCUCAAGAGGAAAGGAAUGACCUGGCAUGAGGAGAAGGAAUCUGAGACAUUCAGAUUCGGGUCUGGUGACCCUGAAACAAGCAACACAGCAUACAUCUACCCAGUAGGCAUAUACGGCAAGAACGAUCUUGUCAGGAUGUCAUGUGUGGGAGGCGGUGCCCUCCACUGCCCUGGACUGGUGGGGCCAAGUGAGCUCUCAAGAUGGGGAGCGGUUGCCCGGUUCCAAGACCGGACUCUGGAACUCAAAGGGGAAGUCAGGCCCAUGAAGCUCACAUACACCCGACAUCCGGCCAUCGACCUGAUGGAGUACCAACCAGGUACAGAAGGAGCACAAUUCUGGACGGAUGCAUCCAUCCAGAGCCAACUCAGGACCCUAAAGUCCAAACCACACGCCUGGGCUUUCGUGGCCGAGGAACACAAGCACACAGAUGAUGAGGAGGCCAGCACGGACACGGAGGUGGAAGAAGAAGAGGAUGAUGAAGACAUGGGCACCAGGAAAAGGAUGAUGAGAAAGUGGAUGGCAAAGCUGGAUGAACACCUGCACAGUUUACCGGGCAAGACUCUGAACCUCGAGGAAUCAGAAGAGGAAGAGAGCUCCGGCGUCAGCUCAGAUGGAACUGUCACUUCCCAUGAGUUUGGAAUAGAGCCAUGGGAGACUGAUGAAGAUACAGAUGAAGAAGAGCUGAUGGAAGAACAGGUGUAUCAUCAGAAGCAGAUGAGUAAGCACGAGAAGAGGGCUUUAGGCCACAACACAACAGUGCUUCGAGAUGUAUUGCAGGUAGAAAAGAAAGGAAAGAAGAAGGAUAAGAAGAAAGAUGCGGCAAAGCCGAAGGCCCCAGUCAGGAAAGGUGGACCAUGGCGGGUCUUAGAAGUCUUCACGUGGUCUUGUAUGGUUUCAAUGGUAGCAGUAAAAAGAGGAUGGCAAAUGCUGGAGCCAGUCACGCUCCCACACUGGGAUCUACUUGAUCCAGCACAACGAGAGCAAGCACAUCGAUACAUCGAUGAAGCAGCACCAGACCUUUUGGUCAUAGCAUGGCCAUGCAGGCUGUGGAGCCCAAUACAAGCACUCAACUACAAGACCACGGAAGAGAAGGAGAUACUGGGUGCACUGAGGCAAGAAGAAAGACCGCUUUUGGACUUUGUGAAAGAAGCCGCUCAGAAACAAAGAGCCCGAGGAGGAGCAGUUAUGGGCGAGAAUCCAAAGCGUUCAAAGGCUUGGAAAGAACCGCCCAUUCAAGAUGCAUUUGAAGGACUGCCCCAUGUAGACACAGACAUGUGCGCUCACGGGCUCCAAAGACCCGACAAUGGAUGCCCAGUGAGGAAGCCUACACGCCUAGCCGGCACUCCAGAGAUAAUGAGGAGAUGUGCCAAAACAUGCAACUGCAAGCAGCAGCACGCACCAUGCAUGGGAGCAGUGAAGAUUGAUGGAAGGUGGCAAAGCAUUGCCGCCUAUGCAGGAGGAUAUACACGACAAUUUGCCACUCGGGUGGUAGAAGGUGCAGAAGAAUACCUGAGAGGGACAAGAAGAUAUGCAAGGUGGGCCACAUCAGAGCAUCUGCCCGAAGAAAGGUUUGUAGCAGUAGAUGACUGGGACGGCGCCGAUAUAGAAGAGGAGUUUCGGUCGCCAAGACAAGAACAAGAACAAGGAGAGACACAGGAGACAGAACCCAGAGAGGAAGAAGAAACAGACCAGGAAGAGGCAGUGCCAAAGAGAGAAGAAGCACCUGAAGAUGAUAGAAGGAGACGUCAAGAGGCCCGGAUUCGGGCCAGAGAACAGAUGGCAGAAGAUGCCGGAGAGGCAAGAAGAGAAGACUUAGAGAAGAUCAGGAGAAUUCACAGCAGGAUGGGACACCCGUUAAAGGAAGCAUUGAGGAGGAUGAUGAAGCUGGCGGGUGUACCCAAGAGGGUGGUUGACACGUUGGAGAAGUUCCAAUGUCCAACAUGCGACAAGAUGCAACCCCCAUCAAGACCAAGACCACAGAGGUCUGAUUUGAGACCGACAGUCUUCAAUGAAUCCCUGCAUGUGGAUCUCAAAUAUGCAAAGGAUGUGAAGAAACAAUUGUAUGUCUCAGGGGCGUAUGCCCCAUGGCAGAACUCAUUUGCCGAACGACACGGGGCAAUACUCGGCGUUGCUUGGAACGCUUUGGUUGUGGAACACCAAGUCACCGACAGGAAAGGGAUGAAGACAACCCUCCUGUGCGCCAUACAGGCGAAAAACCAGACGGUGACACGGCGAGGGUACUCAGCAGAGACCCUGGUCUAUGGAAGAAACUCCAAUUUUCCAGAUUUGCUGGAUGAUGACGCCAUAGACAACACAACACUAGGCCAAGCACUGAGCCUAGACACACAAGUAGCAAAGCAGGCAGAGAUGAGAGCAGCAGCCAAGAGAGCACUCUUGCAUCAAGAUGCACAGCAAAAACUGAAACAGGCAAUACAAAGAAAACCUGGCAAUCAGGUGAGAGAAUAUUUGCCAGGUGAGAAGGUGUACUUCUGGGUCCCAGGUGCCAAGAGAGUACGUUACCGAAAGGACGCAGGAGUUUGGAGAGGGCCUGCGUUGGUAAUAGCGCGAGAAGGACAACAGAAGUACUUCAUAUCCUGGAGAGGAAGAUGCUUGCUGGUAGCAGCCACAAAUCUCCGACCAGGAACGGUAGAAGAAGCCGAAGAUGUGGCGGCUAAAGAAGAAGAGGGGAGACAGUUUGAUGAGCAGAUGCAGACACAGAAGACAAUAGAGGAGAUUCAGAAGGCAGAGCCCCCUGAUGAGGAAGGGGAUGGAGAGAAAUGGAAGACAGAAGGAGAGGUUUUGAGGAGGUCAGACACAGGAAGCACCAAGGAAAGAGCAAAGGCCAUGAUGAGAGGCCUGAAGACAGUCAGGAAAGCACUUGAGGAACCCAGGUUAAGACGAGAAUACAGGAAAAGAAGAAAGGCUGUAGAGCCAGCACGAGAGGAGCAAGAAGAGACACCAGCCGAAGCAGAGACAAAAGAAGAAGAAGAAGAAGUGUGGAAAGGCAUUCACGAGGCUGAAGAAAGAUAUGCCAGAGAAGAUGAGAAGAGAAUCCGACGGAUUACAGAACAGAGAAAGACCCUGCUAGAUGAUGUACCUGAGUGCAUGAAGAGGAGAAGAGUAGGAGAAGUAGAUGAGCAGCAGGUACAACAGAGGUUGACUCAGGGGGUCUUUACGUAUGUCCAGAACGUGGUCAUGGAGGAAGAGAUUCAAGAAAUGAUGGCAAAGAAGGCACAACAGCAGAUACAAGAGAGACGAGGCUGGCGGAAGAAUGAAUGGAUGAAAAGAGAGGAGGUAGCAGAGUUGGCUAGAUUGCUGGAUUUGCCAAUUUCAGCCGUGAGGAUACAUCGACAGCCUAGAAAGAGGCUACAUCCACCGCCAGCCGGAAAGAGAAGAUCACGUGUGACAGUCAUGCUUCUCGAGCAACAAGGGGAAGCGAUGGUUCUCACCGAGAAUCAAGAAAAGACAGAGAAAAAUAAGAAGACAAAAACCCCCAUGAGCUGGAGAGGAAUGACACUUUUCCUGAAGACAGGAAGAGAAAAAGAAGAAGAGAAGGAAGAAAAACAGGCAUACAUACAGAUUGGCGAUGAGGUGUUCGCCACUCCCUAUGAGGAUUCAGCCCUCUGGCAAGCCUUUGUCAGAAGAGAGGAGGAGAUGAAGGUUGCGGCAGAGGCACUUCUUUUGAAGAUGAAGGCAUCAGGUAAGGAGUUGGAUCCCAGGUUCUUUGACGAGGCAGAAAAGGCUGCUUUCAGAGAGAGUGAUAAGAAGGAAUGGGAGUCCUGGGUAAAGAACUCAGUGCUCCAAAGACUCACUGCCAAAGAGGCUGCACAAGUUCCAAAGAAUCAGAUCUUCAAGGCCCCUCUUAGAAUGGUCAGGGUCAACAAGGGCAAGGAUGACACAGACCUCAAGCCGAAGAGCAGGCUUGUGAUUCCGGGGCAUUUAGACCCGGAGCUCGGGGGCUACAGAACAGAUAGCCCAACCACCAUGCCAUGCGCUGUGCGACUCUUGAAAACCCUGAUCGUUGCAAAAAGUGGUCAGCGUGGAUUUUCGAUGUUGCUACGGCCUUCCUCAGUGGAAAUAAGACAGAGAGAACAGUACAUGUGA